AUGCUUUGCUGUGUCUGUGUGUGUGUCUGUGUGUGUGUGUGUGUGUGUGUGUGUGUGUGUGUGUGUGUGUGUGUGUGUGUGUGUUCUGUUUGUUUGUCUGUUUUGUCUGUUUGUUUGUGUGUCACUGACUCAGUUUGUCUGUCUGUUUGUUUGUAUGUUUUCUCUGUCUGUGUCUGUUUAUUUGUUUGUUUGUUUGCUUGUCUGUUGUUUGUUUGUUUGUGUGUUUUAUCUGUUUGUUUGUCUGUCAGUUUGUCUGUUUAUUUGUUUGUCUGUUGUUUGGUUGUUUGUGGUUUGGUUGUUUGUUUGUGUGUUUUGUCUGUUUGUUUGUCUAUCACUGACUCAGUUUGUCUUUUUGUUUUUCUGUGUUUUGCCUGUUUUUGUUUGUCACUGACUCAGUUUGUCUGUCUGUUUGUCUGUUUGUGUUUUGUCUGUUUGUUUGUCUGUCAGUUUGUCUGUUUGUUUGUCUGUUUUGUCUGUCUGUUUGUCUGUUUAUUUGUUUGUCUGUUUGCUUGUUUGUUGUUUGUUUGUCUGUGUGUUUUGUCUGUUUGUUUUUCUGUGUUUUGUCUAUUUGUUUGUCGAUCACUGACUCAGUUUGUCUGUUUGUCUGUUUGUUUGUGUGUUUUGUUUGUCUGUUUGUCCGUUUGUUUGUCUGUUUGUUUGUGUGUUUUGUUUGUCUGUUUGUCCGUUUGUUUGUGUGUUUUGUCUGUUUGUCUGUUGUCUUUUUAUUUGUUUGUCUGUUGUCUUUAUUUGUUUGUCUGUUUGCUUGUCUGUUUGUUUGUUUGUGUUUUGUCUGUUUGUUUGUUUGUCUGUUUGUUUGUGUGUUUUGUCUGUCUGUUUGUUUGUGUGUUUUGUCUGUCUGUUUGUUUGUGUGUUUUGUUUGUCUGUUUGUUUGUGUGUUUUGUCUGUCUGUUUGUUUGUUUGUGUGUUUUUUCUGUCUGUUUGUCUGUCUGUUUGUUUGUCAAUAUUUUCAAAUCUCAACUCUCCAAUUAUUGA